AUAUUGUCUAACAUGAAUAUUAUUAUUUUAUUUUAUCAUUGCAAAAUUUUAUUUUAAUAUUUGUACCUACUAUAUUGUUUAAGUUUGUAUGUAAAAUAAUUAGUUAAUUAUCUUAUCUUUAGUACCUACCUUCCUAUAGUUUCUUACAUAAAUUAAUGUAGGUACCUACCUAAAUUUGAUUGAUUUUAUAUUAUAAUUUCUACAGUUCUUAUAUCAAUGCCAAUCUUUUUUUGAAUUAUUUAUUAACAUAAUAUCACAUUUAACUAUAGCUAUCUCUUCACUCUUGAACUAAUAAAUAUAAAUAAGAAAAUUAAUAUUAGGUGACAUACAAAUAUGGAAAGAUGGUUAGUACAAUCUAUAAUGAUAUCUGUGUUUGGAUUUCUCAAAGAUUUUCGGCCAGAAGAUCCUUAUACGAUUCAAUACUUGACCAACACACCAAUGAAUUUUACAAAUGAAGAAGUAAGUUUUAUUUUUUUUUUUGUCAAUGCAAUUUAAAUAAUUUUUUUUUUUUUAACUAUAAUGUUUACCAAACAGUAAGUAUAUUAUUGUAAAUAACAUUGAGAAUAUUUGAUUAUCUAAGGCGUAUUCUUAAAUUUUGAUCACUAAAAACUUUAAUUAUAAUUAUGGAAUAGGUAGGUACUUAAUUUAUGUAGCUAACUCAAUUACAUUAUAUUUAUACUUAGAAUUAAUGGUUUUUAAAAGAUUAUUUUAGUUUGUGAUUUGUUUUAUUAUUUAGGUCACAAUUUUGGACUUAUAAAAUAAUAUUUCUAAUAUAGUUUAUAUUUAUAGUUAUAGUUGUACUACAAAUUACAUUUUAAUUUAAUCAGAAUAUAAAAAAUAAUAAGUUAUGAUUAAUAACUAAUUUAUUGAUUUUUUAGAUUCGAAGCGUAGUGAGUGAACUAUAGGUUUUACUAUGAUGUAUGUGUAUUUUUUUUUCUGUCUGUGAACAACUUUUCUACCAGAAAAUAUGCUCCACUAUGUACAUAGUGUUGCAAUAUUUCUGAAUGGUAAGUUUCUUUAAUUGGUGCAUUGCGGAGGUCAUUUAUCGAUUUUCCAAUCGGGAAAAACCCGAAAGAAAAGUAUAAGUAAAACGGCAAAUAUUCACGGCGCGCCACAGUGUUACCGUUUUUAUUGUUUUUGUUAUGUUAACACAAUAUUUUCUACCAGAAAUAUUGCUCCAAUCUAAAAAUUACAAUUUAUCGAUUUUGUUCCUUAUAAUAUUUUGCCACUUACAGAGAAAAUUAUUUUACGAUAUCCAAAGGAGUUUUCCUAAUGAUUAGGAAAAACCAAAAUAGACGAAAUAUAUGAUUUUUUUUUUGCAAAUUUCUGCACAACGAUUUCAUUAUUUUAAAUUUGUACGGCUCAUGUUUUCUACUAUAAAUAUUGUUCCAAUAAAAAAAAAACAUCAAGAGAUCUUUUUUGUUGAAAUUUUAAUCUAAUUGGUGACCAAGAAAGUUGUUUUUUUUUUAUUUUUGUAGUCUUUUUAAUAAUUGAACUUAAUCGAAAAGUACGUUGAAAGAACAGGAGAAUUUACGUAAUUAAUGAUUUAUUAUUUUAAAUUGUGUUUUUUUAAUGUAGGAUAUUCAGUUAAAAAUAUUCGUAGAAAUUUAAAAUUUUGUAAGAAAGUUUAUAUUUAUCUUUUUUAGACGUGGUAAAAUUUUCAAAAAAUUUGAUCCAUUUUUGAGUUAAUUAUAGACAUUUUAAUUUACGAGUUUUUACGUAAUCUCUGCGGAAAAAAUUGUUAAACUAAACAGAAAUGCUUAAAAAUUUAACAGGAGGUUCCUUAAAUGUCGUACUUAGAGUUUUAAAAAACAAUUUUAACGUCAAUCGUAAAUAUUACCACUUUUCAAAAUAUGUGUUACCGAACUAAGCUCUGAAUCGUUUUUCGUUUUCAAUGGUUUUCUAAGUACUAUUUUGAUAGUUAUGUUAGGUAUUAUAAUUUUUUUUUUUCUGUUUGUUAUAUAGAUUAUUCAAGAAAUAUUUCCAGUGUCAACAUAUACAUGUGUUAGUGUUACAGUUAUUAUAUUUUUGGUUACUGAUUACUUACGUUAUAAACCCAUUUUGAUAUUGGGUGCCAUUUCAAGUGUUAUCAGCCAAACAUUUUUGAUUUUUGCUAGAACUAAGAUUAAUAUGCAGGUAUGAAGACAAAUAUGUCUUUGAAAUUAUUAAUAUGGAUAUGUAUUAUAUUAAAGUUACUACUUACUAACAUAUAAUAUUUAAUUAUUAAUUCAAUUUAUUAUUAUUAUUAAUUAUUUAUUAUUAUUAUUAAUUAUUAAUUAAUAAUAAUAAUUUGACAAAUAUGAUUAUACAUUUAAGUCUUGACAGUAAAAUUAAAUCAGCUUUAACAAAUUUAUCUAUUUAUAUAAUACAAUCAAAUAUUUCUAGUUUUAAAUUAUAUAUUUCUGAUGAUAAAUUUAUUUGGCAUAGAUAAUGGAUUUCUUUUACGGUAUUAUGAUAGCUUGUGAUGUACCAUAUUAUACAUAUAUUUACACUGCAGUAGAUAAAAAACAUUAUAAAAUAGUUUCCAGUCAUAUGAAGAUGGCCUGUCUUUUAGGUCGUCUCUCUUCGGCUGUGCUUGCCCAAGUACUAAUUGAUAAUCACAUAUUAAAAGUGCAACAUUUGAAUUACUUGACACUAACUGGUGAUACAUUUUGUUUCUUUAUUAUUUAUUGUGAACUAUUUUAAUGAAGUAAUUAACUUGUUGCUAAUUGAUUUAAUUCAACAUGUUUAUUUUACUAUAGGUGCAAUUGCAUCAUUAUUAUGGGCUAUUGGAUUACCUACCGUUAAAAAUAGUUUAUAUUUUCAUCAAAGCGCCGAGAAAAAAGAAAGUACAGGUAAAAUAAAUCUAAGCAUAUAUGAUUCUGAGUAGAGCGAAGAAGCUUAUGAUAUUAUAAAGAUUUUAUUUUUUCUGUGGACGACUUUUCUACCAGAAAUCUUACUCCGAUUUUUAGUGUAACAUCUUUUCUGAAAGUAAAUCGAACUGGGGGGGGGGGUAUUUAAAGGAGGCAAGUCUAUUAUUUUCACAUAAGUUUUUUCAAUAUAUUCGUAAAAACCUUAGCAAAUGUGAAAAACCGAGAAAAACGUAGGAAUAAACCGGGAAAAUAGGGGUUUGAGAUUUGAAGGAGGAGGACUGAAGGUCCAUUAUGAGCACUCUUUUACGAUUUCUAUAGUAAGAAAUAACCAUUAAAAAAAAAUUGGGGAAGAGCUUAGCUUCUUAAAUUUUGGGAAUUAUAAAAAUUUAUAUUUUAGAGUUGUUUAGUCUCUCUAGACCCCUCUAUUUGUGCAUAUUCCCUUUCUAUUUCCAAAAACUCUCUGGUAGAGCCCACACCGUAGGUGCCUACAAAUCCUAAAUCCGGUCCUGCAAAAACUAUAUUGAGUUAAUAGUAUAAACAAAAUAGAUGAAUUUAUUUUGCACGAUUUGUGGACCACUGUUAUAGAUGAGAAGUUCUGCAGUUGGGAAGGUAGGAUAUAGAAGGCAAGGAUGUAGUUUUACAAACAAUCGGAUUUGAACUUGCGAUUUUUGGGAUGACAACUCUCGAGUUUUGUCCAUUAUUCAAAAUCCAUACUUAAAAUCAAAAAACGAUUUUCAUAAAUACUAACUAGAUAAAAUUUUCUUUCAAGUAUUUAAAGUAGGUACCUUUAUACUUAUAAAUUUAUGAAAGUUUGAAUAAAUAUUAUUAAACCGUUUAUAAUUUACAUACCUCGACAUGGUUUGUAUAAAUAAAUAAUAUAGGUAUAUAAUACUUGCCUAAUAUAUUGUCUAUUAAUUAUCAUAUCUAUAUAGACAUCUAGUUAACAUAAUCAACAAUAUAAUAGUACAAUUUAACAUAAAAACUGUAGAUAUGUAUUUAUAAAUUAAUUUUUUGCAUUUGUAUAAACUUUGAAUGUAUUCAUAGAUGUCGAUACAUCUAAAUCUAAAACUGUGCGUCAAAUACUGUGGUCGGAUUUCAUCACUGCUUUCACAAACCGCAAUGUUAUUCAGUGGUCUAUCUGGUGGACUUUAGGCACAUGCUUUUAUUAUCAGGUUUGGAUUAAUUUUGUAAUAAUCAAAUUUAGUAGCUAAUUAGAAAAAAGCUGUAUUUUUAUUAGGGAUAUUAUUUGCAUGCAAUAAUUUUUUUUUUUAAAAUAUCAAUUUCCAAUAUUAUAAAAAGUAUUAAGAUCUGUAAAUGUGUUAUGUUUUAUCGUGCAUUUUUUUUACAAAUUUGAAAAAUAAAUUUUAAAAUUUGUUAAUCAUAAGAAUAAAAAUUGUACGUAUGUAUGCAACUAAAAUUUAAUAGAUAAGUAUAUGUAAUUGAAUUAUUUUCUAUACUUAAUUCUUUUUAUAUAAAUACAAUGCAUGUAUGGUUCAAAGUAAAUAAUUAUUAAAAAAAUCAUAUAAAUAAUGCCUUUUUAAUAUAGCAAAUUAAAAUAUUUAUUCAGUAAAAAAUAUCUUAGUUAACUAUACUUAAACCAAAAUAUGAAAUAGUGCCUCAAAAAUAUGUCGUAUUAUUAAUCGAAAAUUGAAUAUUAUAAUACUUGUGUGGUCAUUUUCGAAACCUAAUAGUUUUAUAAAAAAAAACGCUACUAACGUGAUGAGAAAUAAAAUAAAAAUAUAAAAUGUCAGUGAAGCUCAUUAAAAUAAUUUUAAAUCUAUAAUAUAUUUUGAGGUGAAUUUCUUGGCCUUCAUUUAAAUAUCUCCAAAUGUUCAGUCAUGAUUUUUUCCAAUUUAACUACCAUAUAAAUAACUUGCCAAUAGCAUCUUUAGAGCCUCUGUGAUCUUGGUUUCACUUUACGCCUACUCUCUGUCCUCUCAAGCAUAUUGAAAUCGUCUUCUACAAAGCCUUCAAACUCUUGAGGUUCAUUAAACGAACCUCUUAACAGUUCCAUUUUCUCUCUUCACUCAAAACCCUUAUCUGCUCCCUUGUUCACCCUAUCCUACAUAUGGCUCCGCCCUCAGGGGCCUUUCUGCGUGUUGUGGAAAAUCCGCUAUCGAGUGUGUUCAACGCAAAUUUCUCCAUUUAGUCGCCUUUUGUUUCAAUAUCCCCCACCAACCUCAUGAUUACUCCUACAUUCUCUAAGAUUUACAACCAACUAGCCUUGCUAAUUGUAAGACACUUAUCUAACAUUCUUAAUCUCAUCUCAAAAAUUUUCGUCCUUUCUCUUAUCUCAACUCACUUUUAAAAUUCCUCUUCGUCUUACUCGUUCUUCUCUGCCUUUCAUAGUUCCACUCUCUUUUUUUAAUUACUCUCUCAACUCACCCAUUUCUUGCCUUAUACGCGCUGCCAACUAGGACCCCUCAUUUAACCUAUAACCUGUCUACUUGUAUUGUUUUGGGCUUGUUCUGUACAUUGAAUAAAUAAAUAAAUGAAAUUGUUUAUUAAUUACUUGUUAUAUACUUAUCAAAGCUGUGUUAGGCUAUUUGGAGACCAGUGAUAUACAUUUUUAAACACCUCCUCUGAAGACCAUACCUGGGGGUAAUUCUUUACAUAUUUUUGUUUUGUUUUGUUUUUUUUUACAAUUUUAUUAAAUUUAAAUUAAAAUUUCACAAUAUUACCUUCAUCAACCAUACUAUGCAUUACUAUGUUGUACUUCUAAUUAUCAAAUAAUAUUCAUCAUUAAUCUAAAUAAAGUUUUUGAAAAUAAAACAACUAAAAAGGUAUAUAAUAAUAUAGUGAUAUUGUUAAUUUUAUUUCGAGUUCUAUAUUAAGCCAGAUGCCCCAUAGUUUUAAAGCUUUGGCACCCCGGAACAAAUGUCCCAUUGCCCCUCUUAACACGGCCCUGAUAUAAUAAUUAUCAUAAAUAUUGUGUAAAAUUGCUAACUAUUGUUAAUUUAGUUCAUGUCGUAUUGCCAAUCGUUAUAUCAACAAAUAUACAAUGAUGGUACUGAUUUGCAAAUAACAAAUAAUGGAAUGGUUGAAGCAAUCUAUACGAUAAUCAGUGUGUAUAAUAAAUAUAAAUUGCAUAUAUAGUCAUAUAUAUAUACUUAAUAACAUUAACAUUAAUAUUGAUUAGUUUUAAAAACUGUUUAUUUAGUUUGGCAAAUUUAGCUUUAUUGAGAUUUACUAAAAUGUGUACUACAAACUAAUUUAGUAAAAUAGAAUUAACUUACACAACAGUUCUGAACACUCUUUUCUUAUUUGAUUUAUUUUUAACAUGUUUGGAACAAUGUAAUUAUAUUAUAUUUUUUGUAUUUUUCAAAGGUACACUGGGAGUUUAUUUGAUUGGCAUUAUAACAGUACCUAGUUGGUGGUUGGUAGGUAUUUUAACUUUAUGCCAAGGUGUGAUAUUGAUGGUUAUGGCUCAAGAACAUUUACUGUCGCAUGCAUACUUGGGAUACAUACUUUUUGGAACGUUUUAUCAUAUUAUGACUACUAUAGCUAAGUAAAUAUUAUGAUUUUAUAAAAUAAAAAAAAACAAGUGAAAAUUAUUGUCUUGACUUUUAGAAUUAAAUAUACCAUUUACUAAUUUAAAGAAAAUAAAAUACCUAUAAGUAUUAGUGGUAAUACUAUUAUGUUUUGUAGAUAUUCUGAUUUUGUAUUUAUCACAAGGUUUAGGAAAGCUAGCUGGCUUGUGGGAAAUAAGCCCUAAUAACGUUAAUCAUAAAUCGUUCAAAAUAAAUACUUCGUGUAUACAAAUUUGUUUAUCAAAAUUUAACUUUGCAUUUUUAAAAAAAAUAGAAAUAAAAUGUUCACUGGAAAUACAUUUUUUAAUUGAUUUGUAUUAUAUUCCUAAUAUCCAUAGGUACUUUUGAAUCAAAUUUUAUUAAAAUAUGUGCCUACCUAUCUAUUCUAAACUUGUUUAAUGUUAAAUGUUUUUAAGUACUUAUGAAAAAUAAUACAUUUUUAUUUAUUUAUUUUUAUAAACAUAUAGAUAUGUAUCUAUUUGUUAUCUAAACAUAUUAUUCACGGUUGUUUUAGUUGUGAAGUAGCCAAAAAUAUUCCAGCAGACUGCUAUGCGCUAGUAUUUGGAAUUAAUACGUUCACUUCCCAUUUAAUGCAAACAUGUGUGACAAUCAUUGUUAACAGUCCAAUAGGAUUGAUGUUAAACAUCAGAACCCAAGUAAAUAUAUUAUUAUACGUUUAUAGUUAAUUGCUAAAAAAAAAAAAAUCCAGCCACAAGUAUCAUACAAAUCUUGAAUAUUAAUCAUUUUAUAUGGUUUUAAAAUUGUAUAAGUACUUAUUACCUAAGUAAAGAUAUACAUUUUUGGUAUAGACUUACUAUAGUUGAAUUUUUAAAGUUUAAAAAGAUUUUAAAUUUUAAUCAAUGUAUUUCAUCAUUUUAUUUUUUAGUUUUAUGUAUAUGGCCUAAGUUAUUUAGUAAUUGGAGCUAUAUACAUUAUUAAAGCAUUGUGGUCAACAAUCUCAAGAACAAGGAUACAAGACAUUUCUACAUCAACUUAAUACCGAUUAUAAUCUAACCUAACCUAUUUAGUAUGAAAAUGUACAUUUAUUUUUACUGAAUUUCAAUAAAAAUAACAGAAACCGUUAUUGUGUAAAUAUUUCUGUUAUUUUCGAUGUUUUUCUCCAUUAUUAAGAAAAAUACUUACAAAGGAA